AUGAUAGAUGCUUCGGCAGGAGGUUCAGUGAUGAAACUUGAUGUGGAUGAGGCAUAUGACCUGUAUGAAAAAAUAGCUGAAAACCAAUCAAUGUGGCCAACUGAUAGGGAAGCUCCACGGAAAACAUCAGGGUUACACAACGUAGAUGUGGUGACAGCACUGGCCGCGCAAAUAGAAGUUCUUACCAUGAAAAUGGACAAUCUAUCUAAGUCAGUCAACAUGGUACACCAAUCGCCACCUGUUUGCGAAGGCUGUGGAGCGGAUCAUGCUAGUACACGCUACCCUUUGGCAUCUACACAUGUUAAUCAAUCCGAAGAAGUAAGCUACGCACAGAACUUUCAGAGACGGCAAAAUAAUCUUUUCUCCAACAUAUUUAAUCCGGGUUGGAAGAACCAUCCAAAUUUUUCAUGGUCCAAUAAUCAAGGACAAGAACAGGGAGGAAGCAAUCAGAAUAAACCACCAGGGUUCCAACAGCAACAACAGCAAGGGAGAAGGCCAUCGUUGGAAGAUUUUCUGGUUGGACAAAUUGCAGCCGCACUAUCAGGUAGAGCUCAAGGGACAUUGCCUAGUAAUACUGAAACAAAUCCUAAGGAGCAGAUCAAAGCAAUCACUACAUGUAGUGGCAUCCAGUUACCAGAAAUACAUGUAAAGAGGCCAGCAACUGUUAUAGAAAAGGCACCUAUCAUGGGCGAGGAGCAAGUAGAUGAAUCAGACAAAGCCUCAGAGGAAAAUCAAGUUGAAUCAUCAGAUAGUCCACAGGUGAAGGCAACUGCUCCUGUCAAAGCAUAUGUUCCUCCUAUCCCAUUUCCACAGAGAUUGCAAAAACAUAAGCUCGACAAGCAAUUCCAGAAAUUUUUGGAUGUGUUUAAGAAGCUGCAUAUUAACAUACCAUUUGCUGAAGCUUUAGCCCAAAUGCCCAACUAUGCCAAGUUCAUGAAGGAUAUUCUAUCAAAUAAGAGGAAGCUGGAAGACAAUGAAAUAGUCAUGAUUACUGAGGAGUGUAGCGCAAUUCUCCAGUACAAAUUACCACCGAAACUAAAAGACCCAAGGAGUUUUACUAUUCCUUGUCACAUUGGUAAUUUGUAUAUAGAUAAGGUUGGCAAGUUUAUCUUCCCAGCAGACUUCAUUAUUCUGGAUAUGGAAGAAGAUAGAGACGUCCCCCUCAUAUUGGGUCGUCCAUUUUUGGCCAUGAGAAGAGUUCUGAUAGAUGUGCAAAAGGGUCAGUUGAUAUUGAGGUUAAAUGAAGAAGAACUGAUAAUCAAUGUGUUUCGGGCUUUCAGAUUUUAG